AUGGCUUCUGAUGGAAACAGACUGCCUUUGCUGUGCACAUUUUGCAAGCAGGUGACAGUACGACUUGCUACCCAUCUUCGUAGAGAGUGCAACAAAAAUGCCACUGAUGAUGAGAUCAAGAUCCAAACUGACGAAGCUCGGAGCAAUGCAAGAAGGAUUCUUACAAACCUUAGCAAAGUCAAUUACAAGGAUUUGGAAGCAGGCAUGAAAAGCACUCAGUCACUGGCAUUCAUGACUAAGCUGCUUGAGUCAAGUGGUGUCACCAUUGUUGACAAACCAUUGGAGACAGCAAGAUCUCAAAUGCAGGAAGAAGCUUCUGAUGUGGACCCAGAAGUGGAUCAAGGUGCAAGGACUGUUUGCACCUUCAAGGACAACGAACUUGGAAAACACAGUGAAUAUUCAGUGCUACUGGUCGAAUUCCGUAGAUAUCUGGAGCAGCAUUACUCCAAAACUUCCAGCAUACAUGAUCUUAACAAUGUAUCAAGAUUCCUCCAUUUCAUGGAUUCCCAACAAGUUUCUGUUUCUGUCCUUCAUAAUCAUGAAAAGAUAGUGGAAUUUUUUGACAGAAUUUCAAGAUUCAGCUCCACAACUCAGCGAAACUACUUCCACAGUGUCAAAAAGUUCAUCACAUAUGUGGCAGCAGAGGAGAAAUUGAUUGCUGAGGACCCAUCUCUUCGUGGAUCUGUCGAACGCUGCUUUAAGUGUUUAUCGAAAAUACAAAAGAACAGUGGCAAGACAGCACCUGAAGAACAGAAACGGAAAGCAGUGAACCCGGAAGAUUGUGUUGAAGCCCUGAGAAUUGCCCGGCCGUACUUUUUAGAAAAUAUUGAUACAGCGAACUCAGGACUCACACUUGAUGAAAGAGACAGAAUAGCAGUACUCCAUUUCCUGGAAUGUGUCCUGGUAGUGGGCCACCUGCACAGGCCAUCUAUAAUCCAGGAUAUGACUGUUAGGCAUUGGCUUGAGAGAAAACAUUGCACAUGCCAGGAAGAGGGAGAUUCUAUAAGAGUUGCUGUCAUCAAGGUGGAUGCAGGUGACUCUCAGAAAACGAUUGUCCUUUCAGAGACAGAGGAGAUGUGGUUAGACACUUUCUUCAUGAAGAUCCGUCCUCAUUUCCUUAAGAAAGGCAAAGGGAGUGAGUGCUUUUUCCUGUCCAGCAAGGGAGAUAAAGUCAGCAAUCCAUCUGCUCAUAUCGGACGAUUUCAGCAACGGUUCAAUGCUUGCUCAUCGACCGGACAGGAAGCAAGAGCCAUUUUCACUGAGGUUAUCCUGACUAGUUGCCAAAAAGAAGAUCAAGAUAUUCUGUAUAAUUACCUGCAAUCCAAUAUGAAGUCAGCUGAGGGGAAAAUGUUGGAAUUUCUGCAUGCUGCUCUUCUUGUCCCCAAGCUCCAAUUCACCUGGACAAGCUCUUCAGCCUCACAAGAUACACAAUCGGAUUUGUUCGAUUACUAUGACAUGGAACCCGAAUGUGCCCCUAUUAAUGAGAGAGAGAUGGCCUACAAGAUCUUAUUCGAAAAUUUUCCCGUCGGACUUGACAACCGUGGCCCAACACUAAAAGACACACAGAAAAUAUCAGAUAUGCAUGGCAAGUACUGCUAUGACAGGUGGAGAAGGCAGCAGUACAAACAACGCCGUGAUGAUAUAAUUGCGCAAUUCAAGACAAACAAACCAACGUUGCACCAGGUGACAAAUUACAUACAGAGACAAGGUUGGCAAAGCAAUAUCCCCUCAGGCUAUGACAUUUUUCAAUACUGGGAGCCAAAGCAUCAUAGAGGCAAAGUUGACAUCAAUGCUCAAUUGAUGGAACUCAUAAAAUCUCAGAUGUGGCCAGGACUUUCUAUAGUCAGCGACCGGGUAAAGGGAGAAAAACUGGUCACACAAACCCCGAUCAAGAAAGGAGAUUUUGUUUGCGACUAUCACGGACCGAUUAUACUUGCGAAGAGAGGAGAAGAUAUGAUGUCAGCAAGAAGUGAAGAAGAAUCGGGUUAUUUCUUCUUUUUCAAAGACAGGGAAAAUAAGAGAGUUUGCAUGAUGCUCAAAAUGUCCCCUGCCCUUGCCACCCAGAAAUAG